AUGGUGAAAUUAACUGGAAAGAAGUACGAUUUGACUAAAAAGAAGAACGUUAUUCGGCCUGGAGUUAUUGUUCAAGCAAGAAUCGACGCCUUUCUAUACCUGAUUCAAUAUGAAUAUAACAAUGCUAGCCGUGAAGAUUGGUUUUUUGUGGAUAAUAUAACGUGUCGAACAGUUCAAGAACAAGAACAGCGACUAGCAAUGAGCAAAAACAAAUGCUCCAAUAAUUCACAUCCUCAAACCACGAGAAAGAGAAGACGAUCGAACCACAGUCAAUUGAAAUAUAUUGAUGAUAAAAACGAUUUAGUUCAAAAACCAAAGGAUUCAUCACCAGCAAUGAGAUUUGAUAUACCAUUCUUUUGUAAGAAAAUGAUUUUACUUUUGUCUUUGAAACUUCAAAAAGAGUGUGUCAUUUGUGAUCCCACUGUUCCUGAAAAUGGUGGCGCCGUAACGGAAGACAAUUUAACAUUCAUUUUUCUAUCAACAUGUACUAUGGAUUAUUUUUUAUCAUUUAUACGACUUAUUUUUAUCAAGAAUUAUUUUCUUCGUGACUUUCUCGAAUCAGCAGCAAGACAAGACAAUAUUGUUGCGAAAACACUUCUUGAAAUGGAACCUUCGUUGAAUGCAUUAGAUUGGAAUACAGCACGUUUCAUUUGGGCAAAAAUGAUUGAUAUUAUAGAUAGAUCACUCGAUGAACAACAUCGAAGUGAAACCACAUUUCGUGCUCUUAAGAAUAAGAUGGAACCAGACCUUUAUGAAUGGCAAUUGGCUCAAAAUCGCCGUAUUGAAAGAACAUUGCGUGCCAAUAUUUAUAUCAAUUGUUUUGGUUCUGAAGACGAGUUCUUCGCAAAUCAUAUUGCUAAUCUAUUACAACCAUACGAAUAUGAAACUGUAUGCAGCAAUGUGAAAUGUCCAGUUAGAAGAAAAUCUCAUAAAAGCUCUCGUUUAUCAUUCAAUGUGAAAAAUGGCAACAUUCAAGAUCAAAUUAUUGCUGAAUUUGGUACUCGAAGUCGGGAGAAAUGUGAUGCUGAACUAAACAGAUGGUCUUCAGACACGCCUUUGCUGAAAAAUUUCGAAUUAAAAUACUUGAAGAAAAUUAACAUUGAUAACAAGGAAAACGAAGAAGAUGAAUCUGGUCUUUAUGUUGUCUGUUCUGGUCAACGUUCAUUAACCCAGUCAAAGUUUGUUCAUACGGUGCUUCCGCCAAUGGUGCUGGUUAUGAAUACCGACAAUACCAUCACGACUUCGACUGCUACUCGUCAGAUAAAUAUACAAAACCAAAAAUAUUGUUUGUUUGCUAUGACAAGUCACAUUCCUGGUCAUUUUAUUGGUAUGAUAACGUGUCAUGAUCAUAAGCAAGAUACUGUUGUAGAUGAUUUGUGCAAAGCAUCUGAAGGUGUUCAUAUUGUCUCAAGGGCAUUUUAUAAUCAAUCCAAGUAG